AUGGAGAACGCCUUUGCCACACCCAUCAAGAAGGUGCUCGCCAACUUCAAUGUCAAUGACCACGACGGUCUGACUGACAAGCAAGUUGACGAGCUCCGCGCCAAAUAUGGUCGCAACUCGAUCCCCGAGGAGCCGCCCACUCCUCUGUGGGAGCUUAUUCUUGAGCAGUUCAAGGACCAGCUGGUAUUGAUUCUUCUCGGCUCCGCCGCUGUCUCCUUUGUUCUCGCUCUCUUGGAAGACGAGGGCGGUUGGAGUGCCUUUGUUGACCCUGCUGUUAUCCUCACCAUUCUCAUCCUCAACGCCGUCGUCGGUGUCUCGCAAGAGAGCAGCGCCGAGAAAGCCAUCGCCGCCCUCCAGGAAUACUCUGCCAACGAAGCAAACGUCAUCCGAAACGGUGGCCACGUGUCGCGCGUCAAGGCCGACUACUUGGUCCCCGGUGAUAUCAUAUCUGUCCAUGUUGGCGACCGCAUCCCCGCCGAUUGCCGUGUAAUUGCUAUCGAAAGUAACAGCUUUGCCGUCGACCAGGCCAUUCUCACCGGUGAAAGUGAGAGUGUUGGUAAGGAUGGCGACGCCGUCAUCAAGGACGCCAAGGCCGUGCUCCAGGACCAGGUCAACAUGCUCUUCUCUGGCACUACCGUUGUUGUCGGCCGCGCUCGCGCUGUUGUUGCCCUGACUGGUUCCAAUACUGCCAUUGGUGACAUUCAUGAGUCAAUUACUGCUCAGAUUUCCGAGCCUACGCCUCUCAAGCAGAAGCUCAACGAUUUUGGCGACAAUCUCGCCAAGGUCAUUACCGUCAUCUGCAUCCUCGUUUGGCUCAUCAACAUUCCCAACUUCAACGACCCCAGUCACGGAAGCUGGACCAAGGGCGCCAUCUACUACCUCAAGAUCGCUGUCUCCCUCGGUGUCGCCGCCAUCCCCGAAGGUCUUGCCGUUGUUAUUACCACCUGUCUCGCUCUUGGUACCCGCAAGAUGGCCGCCAAAAAUGCCGUAGUUCGCAGUCUGCCCUCCGUUGAGACUCUUGGUAGCUGCAGCGUUAUUUGCUCCGACAAGACCGGAACUCUCACCACCAACCAGAUGAGCGUCAACAAGAUUGUCUAUCUCAACGACGCUGGCAAGGACCUGAUUGAGCUCGAUGUUGAGGGCACAACCUUUUCUCCCCGAGGCAACAUCCGAAGUAACGGCAAGGUCGUUACUAACCUGACUGAAACUUCGAGCACCAUUCAGCAAAUGGCCGAAGUGGGUGCUCUCUGUAACGAUUCCCACCUUGCCUAUGAUGAGAAGACCGGCAACUAUUCGAGUGUUGGCGAGCCUACCGAGGGUGCUCUCCGCGUACUUGUUGAAAAGCUCGGUCCUGUGGCUCCUGCUGGCACCGAUGUCCACCAGGCACUUCACUACGCCAGCGCAAACUUUGAAGAAGAACUCCCUGUCAUCUCCACCUUUGAAUUCUCUCGCGAUCGCAAGAGCAUGUCUGUCAUUGUUGCCGACGGUAAGAAGAAGAAGCUUCUCGUCAAGGGUGCUCCCGAGUCCAUCAUUGAUCGCUGCACUCAGGCCACUGUGGGUGCCGAUGGCAAGCGUGUUCCCCUCACUAGCAAUAUUUCCGAGAUUCUAAUGAAGGAGGUUGUCGACUAUGGUAACCGUGGCUUGCGCAUUAUUGCCCUUGCUAGCAUCGACGACGUCUCCAAGAACCGCCUUGCCUCCACCGCCAAGUCUAACGAACAAUACGCUGAGCUCGAGCAAGACAUGACUUUCCUCGGUCUUGUUGGUAUGCUUGAUCCUCCUCGUCCAGAAGUUCCCCGGUCUGUCCAGCAUUGCAAGGCUGCCGGUAUUCGCAUCAUCGUUAUCACCGGUGAUAACCGCAACACUGCCGAGAGCAUUUGCCGACAGAUUGGUGUUUUCGGUGAGAACGAAGAUCUCACUGGCAAGAGCUACACUGGCCGCGAGUUUGACAACCUCAGCCCCGGCGAGCAGCUCGAGGCUGCUAAGCGCGCUUCCCUCUUCUCUCGUGUUGAGCCUGGUCACAAGUCCCGUCUGGUUGAUCUGCUCCAAUCUCUCGGUGAGGUCGUUGCCAUGACUGGUGACGGUGUCAACGAUGCCCCUGCUCUGAAAAAGGCUGAUAUUGGUGUUGCCAUGGGCUCUGGCACUGAUGUCGCCAAGUUGGCUGCCGACAUGGUACUCGCUGACAGCAACUUUGCCACGAUCGAGGUCGCCAUCGAGGAGGGUCGUUCCAUCUACAACAACACCCAGCAGUUUAUCCGCUACCUUAUCUCUUCCAACAUUGGUGAAGUUGUCUCCAUUUUCCUCACUGCUGCACUUGGUAUGCCCGAGGCUCUGAUUCCUGUUCAGCUUCUCUGGGUCAACCUGGUGACCGAUGGUCUUCCUGCCACUGCUCUCUCGUUCAACCCUCCUGACAAUGACAUUAUGAAGCGCCAGCCUCGCAAGAGAGACGAGAAGCUCAUCGGUGGGUGGCUGUUCUUCCGCUACCUGGUUAUCGGUACCUACGUAGGUCUGGCCACUGUUGCUGGCUACGCCUGGUGGUUCAUGUACUACCCCGCUGGCCCCCAGAUCACCUUCUCGCAGCUUUCACGCUUCCACCACUGCUCGACUGAUUUCCCCGAGAUCGGCUGCCAGAUGUUCUCCAACGACAUGGCGAAGUCAGGGUCUACCGUAUCCCUUUCUAUCCUGGUUACGAUUGAAAUGUUCAACGCCAUGAACGCUCUUUCAUCAAGCGAGUCCUUGUUGACCCUGCCGCUGUGGAAGAACAUGAUGCUCGUCUACGCCAUUACUCUGUCGAUGGCUUUACACUUUGCUCUGCUCUACACUCCUGUCUUGCAGACGCUGUUUGCUAUUCUGCCCCUCAACUGGGCCGAGUGGAAGGCUGUGGUUGUUAUCAGUGCCCCUGUCAUUCUUCUCGACGAGAUUCUCAAGUUUGUUGAGCGCCAGUAUUUUACGCAAACGAUCGCUCCAGUGGCUGAAAAAGCGCCCAAGAAGGACCUGUAA